AGAUUAUACAGGCUGUUGAUGCUUUAGCAAGAGUGUAAACUCAAUCUAAUCCAUCUCUGAGCCAGCUUUCACCACAGGAGGGUGCUGCUAUCAUUCCAAAGGUUCAGGCUUUGCAAGGUUCAGUGUGGAUCUUAGCGUGGAGUGUUUAUUACAAAAUGUCUGUGUGCUGCUGUCAAAUACAGCUGAGGAAAAGGAUUACACCAAUAUCCUGGCUUUCCUGGGUUCUGUGGUGCAGUGUGAUGCUGUCUCCUGCUUGGGGUUAUGUGAUAGUCAACUCGGUUUCGUGGUCAGUUACCAAUGAGGUGGAGGAAGAACUGGAUAGUGCCUCAAACGAGGAGGCUCUCCCUGCGCUUCUGGAAGACACGACUAGCAUCUGGAAGCAGAGCUAUCCAGCCUCUGUUUACAAAGAAGAUGGGGAAAUGAGGUCAAGGCCAGUGGCUGGGAGAUCCAAGCAAAUCUCUUCUCCUUCUAGGAUGUUUUCCUACAGGAGAGAGAGUGUCAAAGGGACAGACAGCAUUACUCCUCAGGAGCAGGCAAUCAGAACUGCCCGUUUCCUGACCCAUUAUAACAGCUGGGGCUUCUUGGCUACCGAGUCCACCCAGGAAAAGAUCCAAGGUGUACCAUUUGGGAAUUGUUUACUAGUCAGUGAUGGGCCCAUCAAUAACAGCACUGGAAUACCUUUCUUUUAUGUGACUUCAAAGGACAACACUGUGACAGAUCUCAUGAAGAACUCUGUGGCUUCUCUGACAUUGCCAGAGGCAGAAGGAGAUUUCUGCAGGUACCAGCAGUUUGUCUUUCUGACAGCAGUCAAUGAAAACAAAUUGAUUUCUGAUAGCAUUUACAUUUCUGUGUUGUGAGUACAUUAUGUGAAAUGUAACCAAUACUUUUGGUUAAACUGAAGCAAUACAGGCAGAGGCAUGGUCUAAGCAUAGGAACAGGAGGCAAGAAAUCCUGGAUUCCAAACACUGCUUUGACAAACACCCAUUCUGGCUUUGGACAAUAUUUUAGGCCACCCAUUUAAAAAAGUGACCUCCAGUUUUGGGUAUCUGCGUUUUUGUGUUCCUAAUGUUAGAUGCUUAGGUCUGAUCCAAAGCCU